AUGAAGUCUCUCCGAUUCCUUAGCGCCGAAGCAUUCGUGUCAAAUGAAGAGUUUGCCAGGAAGAGUCUCAGCGCUGUUGCCCAUAAUCUUUUUCCUCUUCUUUUUAAAGCCAGCUAUCUACUGGAGCAAGGGAAAGUGAUUCAUGACUUGGUAGAGAACUGGCCACUUGUUGACUUUAACAUGGGAAAACUUUUGGGAGCUACUGUGGACUACCAGGAAGACUUGAGCCAUAGAACAUGCUCAGUGUGCUUGGAAAGCUGUCUAACAGGGCUUAGAGACUAUGUGCUGAAUAAUUUUUCUCCCUACAGGAAAAGGUUGAAAGUGGUUGACCUGACAGGUAUAAAAGAUGUUGAAGUUCAGUUUUGUGAGUGCAAGAAGACAAUGGGCAGGUGGGCCAGGACACAGCUGCUCUCCAAGCUUUGUUUAGAAUUGGUGGUUUACCUGCAACAAGCACAGUGCAAUCCAGGUACAUUUGAAAUCAGUAUUGAUGUGCUAAUUGACUUGUUUGUUACAGAGAGGAACUAUGAGCUGGUCGUGGAGGCCCUGUUGAAGAAAUGCUGUUGUCCACUGAAGAUCUGCUGUGUAGCAUUCAGAUCUGACAACCUGACCUUGCAGAAAUUCUUCUACAUCAUAAAACUCGCUGAUCCCUCUUUGUUGCGCAAACUGGAAAUAGUUCACAAUGUUCGCUUGGAAAUGGAACACUUGGAAAUACUCUUCAACAGUAUUCACUUCCCUCUAUUGAUGUCCUUGACCUUGCCAGCACGAACAUUUAAUGUGCAGAGGUUCACAGCUACAGAUGAACAGAUGCUUACUAAUAUUGGAGAAAAGAUGGGUGAAAUGACACAGCUCACUGAGCUGUGUAUGUCAUUUUCUAUACUCACAGGAAGAAUACAGAAACUGCUCAGCCCACUAAAAACUCCACUGAAGAUGCUGGAUGUUUCUAACUGCUCACUGAACCAUGCUGAUAUGGCCUAUUUAGCCAAUAGCUUCCAUGCUAAUCACUUAGAAGCCCUGGACUUGAGUGGUCAUGAUAUACCUGAACUUUACCCAUCAACAUUCUUUAAGCUGCUCAGCCAUUCCUCUUCAGUGCUCAGGAGUCUUACCCUGGAGGACUGUAACAUCCAAGAUACUCAUGUCAACAUGUUGAUUUUAGGUUUAAGCCCUUGCCAGAAAUUACAUGAGUUUAAGUUUGUGGGAAACCCACUGUCAUCCCAAGCACUUAAACACCUUUUCACAUUUCUCUGUGAAUUGCCAAUGCUGAAAAAUGUGGAGUUUCCAGUUCCAAGGGACUGCUACCCUAUUGGCAUCACCUACCCCAUUGAUGAUGCCAGUGUUUGCAGAUUUGAUCACCAAAAAUAUGAAAGUGUAGCAGAGGAUCUUAACCUCAUUUUACUCCAAGCAAAUAGGGAGGAUGUGAAGGCUUCAACACCACUCUUUGGGAGUUAUGAUGCAGCUGUUCAGGAGACGAACAACGAACUGGGAGCUUACUUGAUCAAGUCCUUCAAAGAGACUUUAGAAAAGUUCACUACUUCUUUUAACAAAAUGAGUUAAAGUUGUAACAUAGUGGUGAUGAUAAUGCUCUGUCAAAUCAGAAGUUAAUUUAAUUUUUCCUAGAACCGCACCUUCAAUCAUCAGUCAUGAAUUUUCUUUAAUUUUUCAGCUGAAUUUAUUAUUGUUUGAAUAGCCUCUGAUCACCUGAGGUAUUGUAACUUAUGAUAUAUUUAUUGCAUGCACCUUACAAAGCACUACAUGCUCAGAAGAGGGGAGGACACUUAAUAGCUUAUUAUUUUAUACAAAAGAACGUUGUUUCUCAGUAUAGCAAUAAGUAUUUAAGCUUGGCUGAUUUCUUACGCAGGUUCCUCUGGGUUUGGCAAUGAGGCUUGCAGCCCUGCAAAAAAGACAGGAAACUCCUUUCUCAAGUCCAGCAGGAUGUCCCAAAGGUUGUGCACAUAUCCUUACCUGUGGCUCCUGAAAUUAAUUUUUUUUUGCCCUGGGCCUUCUGAAUUCACCAAUCUGUGUUUUAUCCAGUACACUCCCAAUAGUGGGGGACAUGUAACAGCCUCCAUGUCCCUGUGCCUCUCUUUCUUGUGCAGAGGAAGGAAUAAUAAACACAAUUUGUCUAAUAUAUUGUGCUGGUGAGGAGUAAAAUUCCAUACCAAGGAGGUAGCAAACCAAGUGGUUGGCUGAUAGGAGAGGAUCCCACCCCAGAAAUAUAAAGCAGCCUCUGAGGAGUCUCCUGGUGCUCUUGCAAUGUGUAUUUUAGAAUGGUAGACCAGGACGGUGCUGCACAGCCAUGCUUGUCACGUUAGCUGGUAAGUGCCUCAAGCCACUCCCUUCAUGGAAUCAACUUCUUGGCUGGCAGAAUGUACCCCACUGCUUUCAGGUGCUUUAAAGAAAGUCUAGGACAGUGGUAAUGCUGAAAAAAGAAGAGUGUUGAAAACACACAUUAAAAAAAAAAAGAAUCUAAUGUCAGUUUAAAAAAUGUGGAAAAGGGACAAGGCUGGUUGCUCAGUAACUAGAAGUUCAUCUGUGUACAACACUGCCUUCUUCUGUCAGGACUAUGUGUUCUGCUACAGACUUGCAACCAGUGUCAGGAAGAAUCACGUUUAUUUGUCAAGCUCCAGUGUGAGAAAAGUAUUAGAGUGACAGAGUAAACAGAAUCCCAGACUUCACAUAUGCUGUGUUGGAGCAUAGGUUAAGGGGUUAACAGGAUGUCAGGAUACAGAAGUAGGGCCACAAAACACACAUCUGAAGAGUACUAUAAUGGGGGAUGAAUGGUAAAGAACUGUCAUAGUCUACUUAGCUUCUCACCUGUAAAACUAGAGACCUGGUUAGCUUCUAGGUAAUCAACAAAUAAGAAAAAAAAAAGAAGCUCAGGUUAAUACCCACUACUCUGCCAUUAAAUGCAAUUUACCAGUUCAUGAAAACUUGAUCAAACAGCACUGAAAGUGAAUGUUGCAGCAGCAGUUAACGUGUCAUUGCAGUAUUAAAGAUCAUUAUUAAGAUAACAAGGACAAUUUAUUUGAAAUAAUACUGGACUUCAUCAUCUGAGGGUAAGGAAAAUUUCUUCCUUUAAGCAGUGCUGGUUUGUCAAGCUUUCUGUUUAUCCACAAUAAGAAUAUGCAAGCAACUGCUAACCUAAUUUACAAAAAAAGAAACCCAAAAGAAAACAAAACAAAAAAUUAGUGGGCUGAGUACCAAGCAAAGCUUGCAGGUUCCAGAGUGCAUUUAAAUGAUUUUUUUGUUGUUUCCUUAUGUUCAUCCUUCUAACAUGUUUUAUUGAUUAAACAUAUGAUGGUAAAAUUGAAAGUGAAUGAACAUGACCUGUUUAUGUUUACAGAUCACUUAAAAAAAAAAAAAAAGUAAUCUAAGUUGUCAAGCAUCUGUGAUUCAGAAAAUGCCAGAGUUGGGUUCCACAUGGCCUUGCAUAUAUUUGGACAGAAUUCCACAUACUCCUUUGUUCUUGCCUCUACCUUUUCCUCCCUCUGACCUUGCCAUUCUUUUCAUCCUAGAGUUGACCCAUGACUUCUCAGCCAGACCUAAGUAAUUUGAAUUUUGCUAUGCAAAUUAUCUACUCCUUUGGGAUGAGUAGUGGCACUUCCUCUUGCUGGGAGAGGACACUCUUUGUACUGUAGCUGCAAAUGUGUAGUGAUUCCUCCACCUCCAUCCUAACAGGUUGUACCUGGAGGUGAAGGUUGGCCGUUUUGGAACAUACUGUGUUACAACAGCCAGUCCCUGCCUUUUUCAGUACACACAAAACAGACAGCUCUUAUUUCAGAAUAUUUAGAUACCUUACAACGUCUGCUGUCUAUGCAGCUUUCUCUGCUUUCUCCUUGCUUAAGGUCAGUCAUGGUCCACUCUUUUAUUUUAUUUCCUCCUUUUUC